UGUCGCCUUCCUGCAAUAAACAAAACAAAUAAAUGCAACGCAAAUCGAUCUGGACGGGGAAGCCUUCGGUGGCCACGAUGGCGCGUCGAUGAUUGGAUUAUCUCGUCCCUCCAUCGAUCGUCGGAUCUCUCUUCCUGCGCAACUCCUCAGAUCGAUCUCGUUUCGCCUUGCUUCCUUCUCCUCGUCGAAUCCCAAAACCCUAGAUCCGAUCCUCGCCGCCUUCUCCGCUCCUCGAUUCUCUUGGACGCCGGUAGCAGCGAGCCUCUGUUGAUUCGGACUCAAAAUGGAAGGAUCUGGUAGAGGUAGCAGCGCUGAUGUGGUCUUGCAAAAUUAUAAGCUAGGAAAGACUCUUGGCAUUGGAUCAUUUGGUAAGGUUAAAAUUGCAGAGCAUUUGUUGACCGGCCACAAGGUUGCUAUCAAGAUCCUGAACCGUCGGAAAGUAAAGAGUAUGGAAAUGGAAGAAAAAGUGAGACGAGAGAUAAAAAUAUUAAGAUUGUUUAUGCAUCCGCAUAUUAUACGACUUUAUGAGGUGAUUGAGACACAUUCAGACAUUUUUGUUGUGAUGGAGUAUGUUAAAUCCGGCGAGCUAUUUGAUUAUAUUGUUGAAAAAGGAAGGUUACAGGAGGUUGAAGCUCGCCGCUUCUUCCAACAGAUUAUAUCUGGUGUUGAGUACUGCCACAGAAACAUGGUUGCUCAUCGGGACUUGAAGCCAGAGAACUUGUUGUUGGAUUCAAAGUGCAAUGUUAAAAUUGCUGACUUUGGCUUAAGUAACGUUAUGCGUGAUGGCCAUUUUCUGAAGACUAGCUGUGGAAGCCCAAAUUAUGCUGCUCCUGAGGUCAUUUCUGGAAAACUUUAUGCUGGACCUGAGGUUGAUGUGUGGAGUUGUGGUGUCAUUCUUUAUGCUCUUCUUUGUGGUACCCUUCCCUUUGACGAUGAGAAUAUUCCAAACUUAUUCAAGAAAAUAAAGGGAGGUAUAUAUACUCUUCCUAGCCAUUUGUCUGCUCUUGCCCGAGAUUUGAUUCCUAAAAUGCUGGUUGUUGAUCCUAUGAAGAGAAUAACCAUUCCUCAGAUCCGUGAACAUGCAUGGUUCAAGAUUCGUCUUCCUCGCUAUCUAGCUGUUCCUCCACCAGAUACUUCACAACAAGCUAAAAAGAUCGAUGAAGACAUCCUUCUGGAGGUGACUAAGAUGGGUUUCGACAAGAACCAGUUGGUCGAGUCUCUUCAUAACAGGAUACAGAAUGAGGCAACUGUUUCUUACUACUUGCUUGUGGACAAUCAUUUCCGCACGACGAGUGGCUAUCUCGGUGGUGAUUUUCAAGAAACCAUGGAUUAUUUGAAUACCAAUUCAAGUGGCAUGGCAGCUCCACAUCGCCAACCUGGUUACAUGGAGCAACAGGGGAUGAUUAAUCCAAGAGCACCACAUUCCCCUGCUUCUGAAAGAAAAUGGGCUCUUGGUCUUCAGUCUCGAGCCCAUCCUCGUGAGAUCAUGACGGAGGUGCUCAAAGCCCUGCAAGAGCUGAAUAUUUCUUGGAAACAGAUUGGGCAUUACAACAUGAAGUGCCGUUAUUUCCCAGGUUUUGCUGAUUCUCAAGCUGCCAUUGAAACUGAAGGUGCUGAUAAAGAGCUUUUGGUGGUAAAGUUCGAAAUGCAGCUUUACAAGACCAAGGAAGACAAGUAUCUCCUCGAUCUGCAGAGGGUGAGUGGCCCUCAGCUAUUGUUUCUUGACUUGUGUGCUGCAUUUCUCGCUCAGCUUAGAGUUCUGUGACGAUCCUACUUAAUUGUUGAUAUAAGAUUUAUCCGAGCAAUUUCUAAUACUUUUAAUACUACAAUAGUGUUGUACAUAUCUACGGUUUGACGAUCUCUUUAAGCUCGUGGAACAGAGCGGUUUCUUCAUCAAAUUCUUCCCUUUUAUAGCA